UAUAAGAGGCGAGCAGAGGCGGGGGCCUCACUGUUCACUCCUCCCACCACGAUGGCCAAGCUGUUGCUGCUGCUGCUGCUGGAGCUGUGUCUCAUCUGCCACCACACGUGUGGUGAACAGCAACCAGAGGCCAUAGAGUGCUUCGCGCCGUUCACCGCUGUCCACCUCCAGUGUGUUCUUGUGGUGCCUGAUGUCUCGGGCUCCUGGUAUGAAAUGAGAAAUUAUUGCCAAGAUCUACGAGGAGAGCUGGUCAAGGUGGACAGCGAUAACUUCAUGUAUUACCUUGUCAGAUACAUCCUCGACAAUGGUCUAGAUAGAGCACAUUACUGGAUUGGCGGGUCAGACGAAGGGCACGAGGGAGACUUCCUCUGGACCGAUGGUACCAAUGUCAAAAUGGGAACACCAUUUUGGGGUGAUGGAGUUAAUGACCAAAUCCAGGAACCCGAUGGUGGGACCAGUCAAAAUUGUAUUGUCAUGACUCAGAAUGAUCAUUAUUUCUUUUUUGAUAGUGACUGUAAUGCCAAAGCUGGUGCUAUUUGUGAGCAAGCAUAAGUAUGGAUGGGACAUAAUAAUCAACUGUGACUGCAGUAUUAUGCUACAUGGCCACAUAUUAAUAAGGUACUUUGCUAAACUCUUCAGUAGUGUGUUACUUAAGAUUAAGGAUCUACUGGUAUGCUGGCCAAAAUUCUGUGUUUUCGUGAAUUUGCAUUAUAUAAAAGCAAUAUUGCCCUGAAAAACUAAAUAUAAUCAUAAUCAAUAAAACAGAAUCCACUAACAGUGAUCAUUAGUAUUUGUUUAUGCAUUCAUAGUUAUUGAACUCAAUUAGAAUACAUUAUGGAAAAGGAAGCAAGAUUCUAAUUUAUAUAAUUCAAAAUCAAAAUAUGUAAAUUUUACCUUUGGACAUAAAAUGUUUUUACCCAAGAUUUAUGUGAUUAAAUCUGUGGAAUAUUAACGUGACGCCACACAAGACUUGGGGCGUCACUCGACUCCUUACAGUUAGAGUAAUUACAUGGCCCCUGUCCUUCAGGUGACCACAUCAAAAUCUCACUAGCAAUGUUCCAGGUGCACUGUAGCUCUCACCCUGAAGGCUUACCGGGCUUUUUCACUGCAAAGUUAAAUUUCUGCUACAAUGACUGGUAAUCAACUGCUGCACACAGCCACUGCACCCCUUCACUGUGGUAUUUCCACUAGCCACUCGGGCAGCAGGAGGCCAACUUUGACUUCGCUGCACCUUGCAAGAGUCAGGGUCGCUUGAAUUCGCCUCAAGUGUCCCUGAUUCCUGUAGACACUGUCCUUAAAGUUCAUGAUUCCCUGGAGGUAGGUUGUAGUACAACCAUACACAUACUCUGGCUCUCCUGCUCAUUCGACAACUUGACCCAACAGGCCCUGACCACCAAGAAAGGGUUCCUGUGUUGCACUCUAACUCUGCAACUUGCACAAUUCGACGAAAAAUAUUCCAAAAGAUAUAAGUAGUCACUCCUUGCCUUAAACCCGCUAUCAUUUGCGUCUCCUUACUGCCAGACACGUUGGCACAACCUAAUGUUCUCUUAUGAUCUUGGAGCUGACCUUUACUCGACUUUCCACUGCCAGUUCACAGGCAAUAAUGGCAACCUCCAGACCAAUGGGUCGCGACUCUGGGCCCUUUCAUUCGUCACGUGACCUCGGGUCACUCCUUGAUUCACAGAGUUAUGCCUCUUGCAACCACUUAUUCACUAAUCCUUUAUCAGAGGUACCUGGAGCUCUGGUUGCAUGCUCGGCUGCCAAAAUCUUGCCUCAGACAACGAAUGGCUUGAUGAAAAAAAAAAAUAGCCGGUUAGGCUAGCGCCCCGUCCCCCUUUGAAUUCGAAUAAAUCAACAAAAUUCAAAAUGUAGGUAUACUGGUUCCUCUCAAACACAAUCAAAAUAAUCCUUGUGCCGUCUUACAUGAUUAAAAGUUGCGAGUAUGACAUGCAGAAGAAAAAAAAAAGAAUGCUGAGACAGUGAAAAAGUGUGAAAAUUAUAUUGUAAUAAUCAGGAACAAGUGCUAAGCCAGUAUGACUAUAUAGAAGACAAUUAUAAAUAUAAAGGAAUAUGAACAAAGAAUAUUUACUGACUAUCAUGUAUACUGCGAAGUGAAUGGAGUAAACUAAGCUUUUGAGUUAAUAGGCCGCAAGGAGCCAGUUUCAAAUUUGUACUAGUAACAGCUAGUAAAAGCAUACAGUAACUGCGAAGAAUGUACGUCAUUUCAUUAAAGUCUAUUUUACA